CACCAGUGUUGCGACCAGAGACAGUCUCCGCAGUACACGGGGAGAAAAAUAAAAGUUGACCGUGGUUCUAACAUACUCUCUAACACAAGAGUGUUCGUAAUAAAGAAAUACAAAACAUCGUGUUGUGUCAUUACUGUCAUUGAACACAGUUCGCUGAGGCAGGUGAAACGAGUUCGUUUUAAUUGAAGUUAAAGCAAGGAAUCUUUCGGCGCUGCAAUUCUUUCAUUGUGUGCUAACUUGGGACAAGAGAAAUUUGUGUUAUUUGAUUAAUCCGCCAUGAAAACAUUAAAUCUCCAGCCACUUCUACUGCUUCUGGUGAGUUUAAAUACCGUAUAUUACUACUUGUAUAGAUUUAAGUCAUGUUGGAUUUUCGUCUUCUCAUUGCUUUUAGUGUUUGAAAUCUCCUGAACUCAAGUUAUCCCAGAGAGUCUCUCUUUAAGUUUGAGAGCUUGUUAAAGAGCUCUUACCGAGCUCUGUCAUGGUAGGGUCGUCUUUAUGUGUACACCACAAACUAAGAAUUAAACGAAAGAUCCACACUGCCCAGACGGAGCAAUGCCUACAAUUUCGAUCUCAGUGACAACUCUAAUGAUGGUUAUAAUGAAGUUACUCUUCUCUCCCCAGGUAUGCCUCUGUCACACCUCCCGGUCUUAUUCUGUAGAUCCAGGUAAGCCUUAUGUGUACAUGAAUUAAAUGUUGCAUUUUUAAAAUAUUAGUCAAACACAUCAUUUACUAGUAUGCUCCCUUUCCAGUAGUCAAACUCAUCAUUUACUUAAUGGUAUGUGCCCUUCCAGUAGUCAAACUCAUCAUUUACUCAAUAUAAUGUACCCUUCCAGUAGUCAAACUCAUCAUUUACUUGAUGGUAUGUGCCCUUCCAGUAGUCAAACUCAUCAUUUACUUAAUGGUAUAUGCCCUUCCAGUAAUCAAACUCAACAUUUACUUAAUGGUAUAUGCCCUUCCGUAAUCAAACUCAUCGUUAACUAAUCGUAUGUGCCCUUUCAGUAAUCAAACUCAACAUUUACUUAAUGGUAUAUGCCCUUCCGUAAUCAAACUCAUCGUUAACUAAUGGUAUGUGCCCUUUCAGUAAUCAAACUCAACAUUUACUUAAUGGUAUGUGCCCUUUCAGUAAUCAAACUCAUCAUUUACUUAAUGGUAUGUGCCCUUCCAGUAAUCAAACUCAACAUUUACCUAAUGGUAUGUGCCCUUCCAGUAAUCAAACUCAACAUUUACUUAAUGGUAUAUGCCCUUCCGUAAUCAAACUCAUCGUUAACUAAUGGUAUGUGCCCUUCCAGUAAUCAAACUCAUCAAUUACUUAAUGGUAUGUGCCCUUCCAGUAAUCAAACUCAUCAAUUACUUAAUGGUAUGUGCCCUUCCAGUAAUCAAACUCAACAUUUACUUAAUGGUAUGUGCCCUUCCAGUAAUCAAACUCAACAUUUACUUAAUGGUAUAUGCCCUUCCGUAAUCAAACUCAUCGUUAACUAAUGGUAUGUGCCCUUCCAGUAAUCAAACUCAACAUUUACUUAAUGGUAUAUGCCCUUUCGUAAUCAAACUCCUCCUUAACUAAUAGUAUAUGCCCUUCCAGCAAUCAAACUCAACACAUACACAAUGGUAUAUNNNNUAAUGGUAUGUGCCCUUCCAGUAAUCAAACUCAACAUUUACUUAAUGGUAUGUGCCCUUCCAGUAAUCAAACUCAACAUUUACUUAAUGGUAUGUGCCCUUCCAGUAAUCAAACUCAACAUUUACUUAAUGGUAUGUGCCCUUUCUUUAGUCAAACUCAUUUACAUUUGUUUUUUGUUUGUUUUUUUUUUUUUAAAACUCUCCAAUAUAACUUUACAAAAGGAGUCUAUUACCAGAAAACAAUAAGUCUGUCAAUGACGUUUGAUGUCACCCCUGAACUCUAAAGCCUUACCAUCAUCUUAUCAAUUAACCAUUUUUAAAGGAAAUAGUUUCGUGUGUUUUAAAGAAAAGACCAAAAUGCAUGUGAACUGUAAUCGAACCACGAUCUUUUGCACCGUGUUAGUGAAAUGUUUGUGAUCAACUCGUCUUUAAGUUGGAGGGUUUAAACUUGAACUAGGACGAGCGAUGCAGUUUACAUCUUCCACCCUUGCCCCCUCCUCCUCCACACACUUUUACCAAAUGUAGCAUGUCACUCUGGAAAGUAUGCAGUGCAAUGACAAUUUAUUUCUUUGGGGUUCAAUUUUAGGAAUAUAUAACAGAUCAUGAUGGAGUAGAUGGGGUUUUUUAGUCAAGAAAUUGAGAACCCCUGAAUAAGAACUUUGCAGCGUCUAAACUCGACACACGCAACACAGUUGACGGGGCCAGUGUCGUCAACACAGGACAUGAGCUUGGCCCGACGGCGACCAUGGUUCAAUCACAAAAAUGACGGAACGUUUUUUAAGACUUGGUGGUGGUGUCUGUCUUCAAGAGUCCACAAACAUGUCUGACACUUCAGGCUUCUUUACAACACUUCGAAUUGUAGCCCCACCCCCGCAUCUUGACAAUGAGAUAUGAAUAAUCACUACCGUCGGAGGGUCGGGGGGAGGGGGGCGUGGCGAGGGGGCUGUUCACUCUAGGUGGCACUUUUUUCUAUCUAAGGAAAAGGGGGGGGGGGCAUUUUGUACCGACGAUAAGGUUUAUUGAAAAAAAAAGUGUGGGGGGGGGGGCGAUGCAGCAAAAAAAAUAAUCUUGGCUUGCCCACCCCCUUCCCGGCUCAGCUCUAACCCCCCAGCUUCGACCAUCGGAAAUCCGAAAAUUCCCCCGCAACACAUUGCCCCUAUGUCCUUUGAACAGCGUUUCCAUUUCGUCCCCAAGGCUCGUUGGCUUUUUUUCUUUUUUUUUUCCUUUUUCUCUCAAAGCUGACUGUGUGCAUUAGUGGUCUAACAUCGACACCUGUCGUCAUGUCACAAUAAGCUGUCGUCACUCGCGUUAUGAAGAAUGGUUUACUAUUAAUGUUCUGAUUUUUUUUUAAUACCCCGUUAUCUAUUUAUUGGAAAGGGGAUUUUUUUAAUUUUUUUUUUUUUUGAGGGGGGGGUGUGUUUUGCCUUCUGCGUCUGUACCAACCUUAUUAAAAGAUAAUUACUCUGGGACAUUUGCUGCACAAAAUGAAAAGAAUACAAAGGUGAUCUCAUAAUGAAGAAUUUUGUCUAUUUUCUGUCCACUGUACUUACUCUGUUCUGGCUCCCUCAUUUUUUCUCUUAUUCUUUCAUUCUUUCUUUCGCUCUCUCUGUAUCUGUCUCUUACUCCUUUCAUUCUCCUCUCUUUGUCUCUCUUGCUCUCUCCCUGUCUGUCUAUCUUGCUCUCUCUCUCUCUGUUUUGCUCUUUUCUUUUCUCUCUCUCUCUCACUCUCGUCUCUCUCUCUCUCUCUCUCUCUCUCUCUCUUUUUCUCUUUUUUUUUCUCUCUCUCUCUCUCUCUCUUCUCUCUCUCUCUCUCUCUCUCUCUCUCUCUCUCUCUCUCUCUCUCUCUCUCUCUCUCUCGUUCUCUUUCUUUCUCUUUCUCUCUCCAUGGAUCAUAUGCGAGUUCUGACAUAUGUACGGCUUAUACACAUAUGAACGUCCUUAAAAAUCAUCUGAAGCACAUCAUUGAUUACAAACUGAAUUGACUGACCUAAAGGAAUAUUCUGUUAACACUACUAUAAAACUCAAGGUCUGUGACCUUAGGCAUGAUUCUUCUAAUCAAGUUAGUGUUGAAAAUGCAGGAUUUUUAAGCUUCAAUGGUAGUCUAUCGACAAGUCUAAUUGGUGAUCGAAAACAAUAUUCACGGGGAAAACGUCAAAAGUUGGGCGACCAAAAAAGUCACAAGUUUUGCUAGGGAAAAGGUCACAGAAAAAGGUCCCAGAAAAACGUUUUAUUAACCGUAAUUUUAUUUUGUAAGACCAUACAAAUGUUAAUAUGUUAGAUAUCAGUAGUCUGCACAGGUCUACUACGGACAGACGUAUAGGUCUAAGAAAGAUUAGAUUGUUUUUAAAGUGUUGAUUGUUUUUCUCAAUUGUCGUUGAACAUAAUAUUGACUUGUUCCAAAGGUUUCAACAAAUUUAAUUGUUCUAACGCCAUUCUUCGUAACUGAUUUAAUGUUGACCCCCGUCAGACACUCAACGACGCAAUCAUUAGGCUUCACCAUAGCCAGCCGUCGAACGGAGACAAUAGGAACAAUAGAUUCAAUCAUACCAAGAUACCAUAGCCAGACGUCAUACAAAAACAAUAGGAACAAUGGAUUCACUCAUACCAAGAGACCAUAGCCCGACGUCAUACAGAAACAAUAGGAACAAUGGAUUCAAUCAUGCCCAGAUACAACGUAGAACCAAAUGUCAUAAAAGUAAAUAUCCCCAAUGAAACAGGGUCACUAAACUAGUUCAAAAUGUGAAACUAUAAUUAAAAAUAUCAAACUAGGGAACUGUCACGAUGGCUAUGUCACGAUGACUGUAACAUCGUGAUUCUAUUUCAACUGUUCGAUAAACUAGUCCACACAAAGAGAUAUCGUAAAUGUUAUGAAACAUGGCUAAUGAUGGUUUGAAUUACCGUGGCAGAUGGAUGUAUAAUACAAGGAUUGGCAAACCAUGGCCCGCGGAACACACCGGCUCUUUUUAUGUGGACCAGAUUAAUCAGACACGAACAACUUGUGUCGAUAUAACAAUAUAAGUUAAGCUUUAAUAAUAGUUUUACAAACACGUAUACGUUUCGACACAUGCCUUCAUCAGUACAGCAACAACAACAAAUUAAAUAAGUAUAAAUUAAAUAUAUAUAUAUAUAUAUAUAUAUAUUACCUAAAAAAGGGGAUAAAAAGUAGGAGUGGGCGGAAAAACAGACAGAAACAAAGUAAAGAAGAGUGGAAAGGAAGUGAUUUAGAGUAAAAUGUAAAAAACCAAACAGGCAAAAGACAUGGCAGUUACGUAAAAUUGUGGAUUUGGUUUAUCCCGUAUGGAGUCAACGUAGCAAAUCUUGUUAUCAAUUUAUUCUCCAUAUAUAUAUCCUAUCCGAUGUGUUACUAGUAUAUAGUAUACCAGUAACUGCGAUGUCUAAAAUUACAUCAUGGUUAGUGCUAUUGAAAUGUUUGGAGACCGGAUAGAGAGCCUGUUUAUUUAUGUUGUUGAGGUGUUUUCUAAACCGGUCUCCCAGGCGACGACCUGUCUCUCCUAUGUAUAAUUUACCGCACUUUUUACAAAGGAUGGUGUAAAUCACGUUGCAACUUGUACAUGUAAAGCCAUCUUUUAUUCUGAAUAUUUACAGAGGUAAAUUAUCUUAUCAACUUAAAUCAUGUAGGAACAUGUGUUGCAACGGCUACGGUUGUAACUUUUGGUGCCUUUAUGAGCUUUGAUAGCAGGGAGGUGGCUUCUAACUGGCAUGUCCCUAAGUCUCUUAUCCUAUCCGGAAAGCGAAAAGGUUUUUUUUUGAAAAUCGCAUUGGUGACCGGGUCUGCCAUAAGAAUUGAGUGUUUUUUUUCAGAGCCAGAAAACGAGCUUUAAUGUUAUGGAGAUGAAAAGUUCAACUAAAUUAAGACCUAUCCCAAGCGCCAGAUUGGGUGGCUUUAAAAGAAUCCUGUCUAAUCCCACCUUUAACUCGAGUGACUGCUGCUUUUAAAAUUUGUUCAGGACAUAACCUGCGUCGGAAAAAAUCCAACAUUUCAACCGUCAUUACCUAAAAAUCCUCAUCAUUGCUACAGAGUCUUCUCGGUCUCAUCAACUGACAAAAAGGGGUGGAGUUUUUGCAUGAUUGAGGAUGAAAUGAUGAAUAUGGACCACGAGCUAAAAAUGGAUGAUCAAUGUGAAAAUUAUUUUAUUUAUCGAAGUUGGAGCUUUAAAGGAGCUGUUACAGCUUGGCCUAUCGACAACAGUGUAUGUCUUGUACAGCUUGGCCCAUCGACAACAGUGUAUGUAGCUCUUGUACAUAUUGUCUAUCACAGCGGUUCUCAUCCUGUGGGUCGUGACCCCUCUUGGGGUCGAACGAGUCUUACAAAGUGGUCUACUUUAUGAAGUAGAAAAGAAAAUAUUGUGGUUGGGGGUCGCCACAACACGAACUGGAUUAAAGGGUCGCGGCGUUAGGAAGGUUGAGAUCCACUGGCCUAGCAUAUGAGAGAACUAGAGCAAUCGUUACAAAAUCAAUUACGAAGAAGCUUUAUCAUGAACUAGUCUGUUAUUAACCAUUCUCUUAUUAACUAGUCUGUUUUUAACCAGUCCGUUAUCAACCAGUCUGUUAUUAACUAUUCCGUUAUUAACUAGUCUGUGAUGAACUUCUCCGUUAUCAGCGAGUUUGCUCUUCAUGACAGGACUUAUGUUAAUCUGACAUUGCUGUGUGGGACGAUUCGGGAAUUCCUCAAACCAAUACCAAUUAAUGAUGAAAACAAAAACAACUAAGCAAAACAAACACACACACACAAAAAACUAUGUUAACAUCCUCCACUUGAGGCAAACACUUCAAACUUUCCAACUCUUGACCAACACAUCGUAAAGGCAAAUCUCGGAAAUCAAGUCUCUGUCCUCUUAAUGACUCACUUAAAUCGACUCUCUGCAUUAGUUGGUGCUUUUUUUUUUUUUAAUAUGGACAUAAAUUUCAGAUGUGCAACAUCAUUGUAACGUACAAUGACAAAGGUGAAAAGUGACAGCGACUCUUAAACGGUCACAUAUUCUGGAAUGGUAUUUAACUGGGUACACGGGAAGAGAUUUAACGUUGAGAUGCUAGAUUUAAAAUGGUAUGUGGUCAAGGAUGAAGUGAGAAGAUGGUUUGAAGAUAUCCCGUGGAGAAGGGAUGGUGUGGUGUGACGUCCGGGGAGCAGGUCAAACUGACCAGCGUUGUGAAACACUCUCAGGAUCAGUAUUGUCAUUUAUUUUUAUUUAAAUUAUAUCAAGGGUUUGGAUUUGGUGAUGUUAUAAAUGGAUUGUACCCUUAAACAGUCAAAAUAUGUCAACAUAUGACAUUCUCAUUUGUUUUAUACUGCGCGUGGGAGGGAACGUGCCUUCAUGACACGUGGGGCCCUCACUGACUAUUGACGUGUCAUAGUUGGCGCCACUCCAAAGGAGACACGAUCAGAUAACGCUAAUCUGAUAUAAUUUAGUUCAUGACUUCGUACUUUUUGUGAAAUGUUCUUGCUAAUCUUCUAACGACCUAAUUUGCCCACCCCCUCCCCGCGUACAGAUAACCACUUAAGAAAACCAGCUCGCGAAUCAAAGUACGAUGAGCUCCGCAGACACUCGACUGCUAAGCGGUUUGAAUCCAAUUUCUGAAAAUUUUUAGUCAGUGCCCAUCCCUGGUGUAGUAAAUAGUAAAUACCGACAAGAUAGCAACGCAAUUCGACUUCUCGGCCAUAAACACCAAGAGUCCAAUCUAGCUCGACCAUAAACAUUCAGAGUCCAAUCUAGCUCGACCAUAAACAUUCAGAGUCCAAUCUAGCUCGACCAUAAACAUCCAGAGGUCAAUUUAGCUCGACCAUAAACAUCCAGAGGCCAAUCCAGCUCUUUCGCUCCUUUGAGUUAAAAUCAGUUCCCGACACCUAUAGUUAAUGGUUUAUUAGUU